CACCACACUGCCGCUGCAGCGUGCGCUCUGGUACACAGCCACGUAGCUUGCAUGGUACGCGUGGUGUCCGACGCUCCUAUCUAUAUCAAGGCCGUUGUUGUUUGCAUCUCGCUCUGUAUGCGUGGAGGUCGAGCUCUCUCUGUUGUAGGUUGCCGCGGCGGGCAAGGUUGCAGUCAUCGUUCCGUGCCGGUUCCAGCUGCACGGCGGUGGGGUUGUUCCCCGCUGCUGGGUAUAGACGAGGGUCACCGCUCGGUAUCUCGACGGCUGACGGUGUUGACGCCCCAGAGAAGAAGAAGUCGGCACGAGACGUUGACUGGCAUGUCUUCUUCCGCGUCGUAUUCGUUAGCAGUAGCAGCAGCAGCAUCAGGGCUCCCGGUGAAACGGCAUCGGAACACCUUCCUGCUGCCGCUGCAACAGCAACAUCAAGAGCAGAAUCGACUACCGGUAGCGGAGGAGGAAGCACUAGGCCUCGCGAAUGAAGCACCACCGCAACAACAACGCAGCAACAAUAGCAGCUACGAAGAUAGCAAAAAUGACGAUGACCAGGCAGCAGCAAUAGCAGCGGCGGAAAACGAAAGACUUGACGCCGGACCGCUCGCGCUGGUGAUCCUGAACGCCCAAGGUGAGGGCGAGAGCGAAGGUCUGCUGCGCCACCUCUGGGGGAGAGCAGACCUCCGCGUGUGCGCGGACGGGGGCGCCAAUCGGCUUCACGACAGCUUCGGUGGUGGCGGCGGCGACCUCGAAGACCGACACCAAGAUAGGGCGCGCUUCGUCCCCGACAUCAUCGUCGGCGACCUCGACUCUCUACGGCCGGAGGUGGCCCGCUUCUACGAAGGCUUGGGCGCGGAGAUCAAGCUCCGCGACGACCAGGACCACUGCGACUUCGAGAAGUGCUUGGUGGAGAUAGAUAGCCGGCUGUCCUCGCCGCCACUAUCGCCGGCACCUGGCGGCAGCGGCGGCGGUGGCAGCGGCGGCGGCGGCAGCACCCCGUGCGGCGCCACCGUGGUGGGCCUGGGAGCGUUCGGCGGCCGCUUCGACCACGAGAUGCAAGCGGUCAGCCUCCUGCACGCGUACACCCCUCGCUUCCACCGUCUCGUGCUCAUAGGCGCUGGGAACGUCGCCUUCCUCCUCCAGCCGGGGCUCAGCCACGCCGUGCAGCCGGACUCGAGGUUCGAAGGGCCGACGGUGGGACUCCUGCCGGUUGGCGGCCCGUGCCGAGCGGUAACGACGGAGGGGCUACGGUGGAACCUGGACGGGCGGGGCCUGGAGUUCGGGGUCUGCGUGAGCUCGUCGAACCGCGUCGUGGGGGACGUGGUCCGGGUGGUGACGGACGCGCCGCUGGUUUGGACGGCGGAGUUUAAGGCCGCGGCGUGGAUGGAGGCCGUCUCCUUCGCCGAAGACGACUGACUCGCCAUUCGGUGCUGACUGAACUCAUAUUUUUUCACAAAAAAUGAGGUUUGUGGUCCUUGUGAGUGCUUCAUGGUGUUCCCGGAGAAAGACGGAGAACGGAGGUGUAGUGUGCUUGGGACGCUGGUAGAAACGCCAGGUUCGCGUAACCUUGUGGGGAAGGAAUCUGAUAUCUAUGGUCUGGCUGUUACGGCUCCCUCUUGUCCUGUUUUUCGUCUCUGUGCUAUCCACGGUGACACCGGCCGGUACUAGUCCCAAAUUUUCACGGUGCAGUUGUGGUGUUUGAGGGGUGUCGUGUUUAUCCUCUUAUCGUGAUCGCCGGGCCUUCCCAACCUCGUUUUUUGGAUGCUGGCUGUUUGUUAGAUUUCAAUCGCAUCUGAAUCGGUUCUUCUUUUCCUUUUCCCGACAAAAGCCGGGUUCGGCGUAGUGCGCGUCGUGGCGUGCUACACGCUUGCCAUUGUUCAUUCUCGUUUGAGACUGUGCCGUCAACCAAACGUGAAACUGUCUUAUGCCAAGCGAAACGGCUCGCCGUAGUUGUUUGGUGGUUGUGGUAAGCGUUGCUUGUAGCGGGCUUGGCAUCUUACAAACCGAAUCCGGUUAUA